CAUUACUGUCACUCAAGGAGUUUUUGUAGCUAGAUGAGAACGAGAGGGCAGUGCAGUUUGGUGCGGCUCUGUGGCACCCUUGCAGUUCCGACUUCGAAGUUUUCCGCUGGCGUGUAUUAUUCUUCAUCGUAACAAUUGUUGUCGAAAACGUGCUUUGUUAUUAAUUUUUUGUAACCGUCUCGAUACGAAAGACCGCGCGGAUGUGUCGUUAGUGUGCACGUGUUCUUUACGCUCGCGCAGUGUUUCGUAAAGAGAAGAGGCCAAGAUACAUACGUACGCGGAACUGCAGCUGAAAGGGAGGAAAAGAGAAGAAACACAACGAAGAAGAAAAGGAAGAAGUAGAAGAUGAGCAAGACGUGCGCUCGCUGCGAGAAAACGGUCUACCCGAUCGAGGAGCUCAAGUGCCUCGACAAGAUAUGGCACAAACAGUGCUUCAAGUGUCAGGGCUGCGGCAUGAUCCUGAACAUGCGGACGUACAAGGGUUUCAACAAACAGCCAUACUGCGAGGCGCACAUACCAAAGGCGAAAGCCACCACAAUGGCGGAGACGCCGGAACUGAAACGUAUCGCGGAGAACACGAAGAUUCAAAGCAACGUGAAAUAUCACGCCGAAUUCGAGAAGGCGAAAGGCAAGUUCACCCAGGUUGCGGAUGAUCCAGAGACUCUGAGAAUCAAGCAGAACAGCAAAAUUAUCUCCAACGUAGCCUAUCACGGUGAACUUCAAAAGAAGGCCAUCAUGGAGCAGAAAAGGACGAUGACUGGUGAAAAUGGCGAACAGAUCGAGUACGUAGAGUACACGGACGGUACGAUCGCGCCUGCAUCAGGCGUGAACGCGAAUCCACCGACCGCUAGAACUGCGAGCUCGCCGGUGCAAAGGACACCAGGUAGGAUCGCCGAUUACGAUCCCCUUAGCGAGGCAAGACCGAGCCCCUAUUCCGCCAGGCAAGCGGCCACCACUGUGAUCUAUACGAGCGACAAGGGACCAGUAACGAAUCCACCGACCAGAAAGAUUGGUUCGGUAGCGGAUAUAGACCCCGUGAACGAAUAUUACGGAUCAUUGACGCCAGCAACGAACAACAAUCACGUACCACAACAUCAACCACCUCCACCACCACCUACCAACGUUGGGAGAGUGUACAGAGCGAUGUACGAUUACGAGGCCCAGGAUCUCGACGAAGUAAGCUUCUGCGACGGCGAUCUGAUCGUCAACUGUACGGCUAUCGAUGAAGGUUGGAUGACGGGUCUCGUGCAGCGUACAGGACGACAGGGCAUGCUACCAGCGAACUACGUUGAACCGGCGCAGAUUUAAACGCCACUUCCUCCUCUUCCCAAUCCUCAUCGCCUUUGUUUCUAACCAGAUCUAACUCGAUCGAGGAAACGGUCUGCACGAGGAAGAUGACGAGGAAAGGAGAAACCGCGACGAGCUUCGAGAGGAGCACUCGACGACUUCCGGAAAAGGGAGAAACGCCGAGCGAGACUCUUUCCUGUCGGCCGAAUUCGCGGCAAACCGAAAUUCCUCGCCAGAGGAAUCGAGGUGAAAUCGAACGAUGAAAACGAGCCGAUUUCUCGCGACGAUACCGCGACGAUUAUCGUGUAUAUCUAAAAAUAAGUUAUGGAAUCAAAGAUUCUUUGUUACGUCGAUCAAAGUGAUUCCUUUCGUACGUCGUGUAAGAUGUUAUCUGAUAAAAAUCGUCGAUCUUCCUUUUCGUACGAUUUGACGAACGAAAGACUCGAUUGAAUAUUUUUUUUUUUUUUUUUUUUUUUUUUUUUUUUUUUUUUUUUUUUUCUCUCUUUCUCGAACGUUGAGAAGACGAAGAUGAAAUCGUGACGAUACAAUAUGUCCUUUCCGAGUGCCUGCAAUCGUUUCGCAUUUAAAGUCGAUAAAUUAAAGAUAAUUCCACGUUUGGGACCAAAUUUUGAUCGCCACUUUUGCGAACUUCACGAUAGGUGUUUUUUUUUCCGCUCAUAAUAGCAAUUUUAUCCGUGAUCCAAUUUUUUCCACACUGGCCGACACUGUGUUUCGUGUUCGUCCAACAGUUUUAGCAUUUUUUUUUUUUUUUUCGAAAUCAUUCCGUUGCUGUACGAGGAUUCCACGGUAAUGAUGACUUGAUGAUUACGCGGUGAAAAAGACUGGAAGACUCGAUGUUCCUCGUUUUUUAUGUACUUUAUUCGAAACAAGUCGUUGCAUGCGUUUUCAUUUUUUUUUCUUUUUUUUUUUUUUUUUUUUUUCUCCCCCUCUUGCUUUUGUAACGGUAUAUUGUAACACUUUUGUUUUAUAUCACGUGAACGCUUUGCAUUUACACGCGAGAUGAACGGUUUUCUUUUUUAUGUAAAAAUGUUCUUCUGGUCUUUGAGAUUGUAACAAAGGUUCAUCUUCAAGCGUCAUCGUUUUUUAUCUUUUUCAUUAAAAAUGUUGUUCUAACGAAUUAUAUAUAAAUUGAAUAUUUAUUUACGAAAAGAUUAAAUGAUAGUUGCAAUAAUAUGUUAAAAGACUUACCUUAGACUUGGACAUCAAGCCAUUCUUGCGUUAUUACGUGUUGUGAUCCGAGAAGGAACAACGAUGUGCCUUAUAUACGUAGAGGACAAUCUUUCUAUGAGGUUUUUUAUCGCGAUUUAGAAAAAAAUCUAAAUUAUGUAAAAAGAAAGAAAAAAGAAAAAGGAGAAAGAUAUAUUUGUAAUUGUAUACACGAUCAAUGUUAUGUAUCAUCAAGAGAAACAUAGAAGAAAAACUUCACAUCGCGAAAGUGAAUCUAGUUAGGACUAUAAAAUGAUGAAGAAAUAUAAUGUAAUUGUUGAUAGGAAAGUUUCGUUACACUUGCCUUGCUCGAUCCGAUGCGUUUCGAAGGAAAGCAACGAUCGUUGGAAACAUUUAUUACCGUUUCUCUUUGUCCAAUUAACGACAUUAACCGACAUUUACCUGGGAUAGUUGUUAAGUUUUAUCAUGCAAGAUAUGCCUGUA